AUGGUCUCCUUGGCUCACCGAUCAAAAUCAUCUUUCGAGUUAGCCAAGCAGAGAAUGCUGCAUCGCAACAGUUCUCGCACCGGCGCUCUCGUUCCUACCAACGACCAGAUCUUGGUCCCUGAGACCCUUCUCAAGAAGCGCAAGUCUCAGGAGAAGGCUCGCGCUGAGCGCACCGACGCCGUCGAGAAGAAGAAGGCCUCCAACAAGGAGAAGCGUCAGGUCAUCUUCAAGCGUGCUGAGAAGUACGUCCAGGAGUACCGCUCCGCUGAGCGUGAGAAGAUUCGUCUUCACCGCGUUGCCAAGAGCGAGGACUCUGCCUUCGUCCCCGCUGAGGCCAACCUGAUCUUUGUCGUCCGUAUCAAGGGUAUCAACAAGAUGCCCCCUAAGCCCCGCAAGAUCCUCCAGCUUCUCCGUCUCCUCCAGAUCAACAACGGUGUCUUCGUCAAGGUCACCAAGGCCAUCACUGAGAUGCUCAAGGUUGUUGAGCCCUGGAUCGCCUACGGUUACCCCAACCUGAAGACCGUCAAGGAGCUCGUCUACAAGCGUGGUUACGGAAAGGUCAACAAGCAGCGCGUUGCCCUUACCGACAACUCCAUUGUUGAGGAGAACCUCGGCAAGUACGGCAUUGUCUGUGUUGAGGAUCUCAUCCACGAGAUCUUCACCGUCGGCCCCAACUUCAAGCAGGCCGCCAACUUCCUCUGGCCCUUCAAGCUCUCCAACCCCACUGGUGGUUUCCGCACCCGCAAGUUCAAGCACUACAUCGAGGGUGGUGACCUUGGUAACCGCGAGGAGGCUAUCAACGCUCUCGUCCGCCAGAUGAACUAA